AUGCCUCCCACACUCUCUCUCUUACAGAUAUUCAGGAGAAACUGCUUAACUUACUUUCUGUGGAUACUAUCAUGGUCGGUCACCCUCUCAAAAUGGACCUACAAGCACUCAAGUUGGAUCACACCAAAAGUAUUAGACACUUCACUUGUGUUCAAAUAUGAAUACUCUUGUGAGCCUCCAAAGGAGAAUAAUGGAUACUUCGAGAUAUGCAUUGAGUUUGAAUCAAUUCAGCCUCGAAGGCCUUCUCUAGACUUUCUAUGCAAGUCGAUACUGGGAUAUGAAGAGCCCCGAAACAAUUGCCUUCAAAAGGCACAAGCUACAAUGAACCUUAUCCUUGCAGUGGUGGAGAAAGGAGCAAAGACUUCCAUUACCUUGACUGACGAGAUGUUGAAUACUGAGAAGUCUUCAUUCUUCAUUCCAGAGAGGAGAAUAAGAAAAUGA